AGCCGCCAGUCCACAAUUCAGAGUUAGGCAGAGUCAGAACUCAGAAGUCAGUCACAGUGCAGUCCACAGUCAGUCCACAAAUUCAGGCAGAACACAAGUAAACCUAGACUAGAGAAGUAAUCCACCAUCCACAUCCACACCAUGUCCUCCUCUAAACUCCCAGCAGCCUUCGAUGUCGACCAGGAGACAGUCCAGAUGCUCCUCGCCGCACAGGCACACAUCGGUGCAAAGAACGCAAACACCCGCAUGACACCCUACAUCCACCAGCGUCGCCAGGACGGAGUCAACAUCAUCAACAUCGGCAAGACAUGGGAGAAGAUUGUCCUUGCUGCUCGUGUCAUUGCUACCAUCGAGAACCCAGCUGAUGUCUGUGCCAUCUCCGCUCGUCCCUACGGACAGCGUGCCGUACUCAAGUACGCAGCACAUACAGGUGCUUCUGCCAUCGCCGGUCGCUUCACUCCCGGUAACUUCACCAACUACAUCACCCGUUCCUUCAAGGAGCCACGUCUCAUCAUCGUGACGGACCCACGUACCGAUGCUCAGGCCAUCAAGGAGGCAUCGUACGUCAACAUCCCCGUCAUUGCCCUUUGUGACACCGACUCCCCGCUCGCCCACGUCGACAUCGCCAUCCCCACCAACAACAAGGGACGUCACUCCAUCGGUCUCAUCUGGUACUUGCUUGCCCGUGAGGUCCUCCGUCUCCGUGGCACCAUCCCCAACCGCACCCAACCUUGGUCUGUCAUGGUCGACUUGUACUUCUACCGUGACCCUGAAGAGGUUGCCGCUGAGGAGCAGGACCAGGAGGAUGUCAAGGCCCUCGAGGCCGCUACGGGUGCUACACCCGCUGAACCUGACUGGGCUACCGAUGGCGCCAACGUCGUCGCUACUGGCGGUGUCGAUGCCGGUGUUGCUGCUGUGGCCACUGCUGGUCAGGCUGGCGGUGAACAGCCCGACUGGAACGCAGCUGCUGCUGACGACUGGUCCGCUGAACCCCAGCCGACCGACGACUGGGCAUAAACACCCUUAGGACAUGGACAUGGGAAAUAUAUGGAUGACCCAGGGACCCACUCCCUCUGCUUCUCUCGCACAGGUGACGCUCCCUCUUUUGCUUUUCAU